AUGAAGUCUUCCUACGCCAAGUUGACUAGUGGCCGGUUCAAACCUGAUGGUUGGAAGAAGCUGAAGAAUUAUUGUGAUUUUGCUAGAGAGAAUGGCUGGGAAUGGGCUUGGAUGGAUACCUGUUGCAUCGACAAAACAGAUGCCGUGAAUACACAAGAAGCUAUCAAUGCCAUGUUUCGCUGGUAUAAGGAAUCCAUGAUUUGCUAUGCGUACCUUGACGAUGUGGACGUAAGAAAGACAAAAUCUCUCGAGACCUCCUUCACUCACGCGAAGUGGUUUACGAGGGGGUGGACACUUCAAGAGCUCAUAGCUCCGACGUCUCUACUGUUUGUUGACAAGAAUUGGGUGGAAAUCAUCGACAAAAUCAACGGUCAGGAACAAAUUGAAAGGGCUACAGGCAUCCAACCCGAGAAAUUGCGAACAUUUGAAAAGUGUUCUAUCUGGGAACGCUUCUCUUGGGCUUCACGGAGACGAACAACCUUAGUAGAAGACAGGGCUUAUUCUCUUUUGGGGCUCUUUGGGAUCAACAUGCCCCUGAUAUACGGCGAGGGUGAACGGGCGUUUUUGCGAUUACAGCAUGAGCUUAUAAAAACGCACGAUGAUGCAAGUAUUUUACUCUGGGGGGCACACAACUACAAUGAAGAGAAUAUCAUUCCACGACGGCUGGGUGUUCUAGCUCCCUCUGUCUCUUGUUUCCAAAUCCAAUCCGGCAACCACACAAUAUCGGAGAGACUACCGGGGCGCAAUCUCUCGAUAUCUGCGAAGGGCUUACAUGUGGAUGUCGACUUGAUGAUCCUUAAAUCAGAUAGACGCGGUAAAAGUCAGGCAGACAAUACGUCUUGCUGGAAUAGUGCCAGCACUGGUUUUACUACCCUGGGUCGGCAAUCGAUCGUUAUAAAGGAAGGGUUUGAUCUUCCUAUUCAGGCCUCUUUUCUACGGUUGAGUCCUCCUCCUACAGGCUUCAAGGUCCUAGCAAAAUCCUGUGGAAUGAUUGGAUCCAGAUCAUCAAACUAUGAUCCAGAACUGUCAUUUAAAGCCUUUCGUUUCCGUAUUUCAGAUGCGCAUAGUAUCUUUCGGUGCGAUGUGCCUGGCGCGCAGAAGGGAGAAUAUUUUAUCACUUCCGGAACAACCGCACUCCUUCAUCGGAACUUUGAUCCUGGUCGGGAUAGUCAAUGGAGAGUCCAGAUGCAGUAUGGUGCAAACGAAACAUUUGAAGUACUAUUGGGCACGUCCCUUCUCAACCCAGAUGCUCUCUUGCUUGCCCCUGGACAAUUGCCUUCCCGCCAAAUAUGCUUGGAAGGUUCGUCAGGCACAGUCUCCCUCAAAAUACGCCCAAGGGCGGCGGUCGCAGGUCGCUAUGUUCAUGUAAAGCACGUUGAUGCGUUCCUGGAUAGUAUGGAUCCUAAAAUUCGCUUGAAGACUAAGCUUUUAGCGGAAGGAUUUUCCGUUGGACCUAUUUCACCCAGGGAGUAUGAUGUUAUUCUCGAACACGUGCCUAAAGAGGACCGCUCGAAGAAAAGGAAGCGUAAAAAGUGA